ACUGGACAACAUAACCUGGGAUAAGGCACUUGCGCAAGAAACGCGGGAAAACUAUGCGGGAAGACAGCUGAUCGGAUAGCGCAGGCCCCUCCAUGGACCCUGCGAUGCGCUUUAUUGCCGUUAUUGGCAUAUGCUUUCGUAGAGCUCCUAUAUCAUUUCACGCAUGCGCUGUAGCGUCGCAAUAUAUCGCAUUUAACAACUAUGCUGCUCCGUAAUCACCCAAUUGUGCAAGUGACAGUAUAAUGAAUUCUUGCGAUGAGGAUUUGUUUGCUAUUACCGAUGAAGAAGUGUCAUCUUCAUCUUCACAAUUUGUGCGAUUAUCGAAUCCUGUUGAGAAGUACUUGAUGAAGCAAUUUAUUAAUGUUCAGAACAAGAUUGAAACUACGACUAAUGAUAUUGAAGAAGUGAAAGCAACUGCUGGCUAUAUUUUGAAUGUUUUACAACAACAUGUACAAUAUGGGACUGAUAUUAAUUCGGAUAUUGACAAUGAUUUAUAUACUAUUGAAGGUGAACCUGUUAUAAAAAAGAAACAAGAUUACAAAACUAAUAACAUAGAAAGAAACUUGGAAAUAACUUCUCAAUGGCAAUGUGUUCUUCAUGAUAAAUGGAUUAUCGGAGUAGAAUUACGAAAUGGAAGACAUUGUGCGCUGAACAAACUUAGAUAUUAUCCAUGGGUCAAGAAUGAAUUAGAAAUUCGUGGUGAGUCCAUGUUGUGGCAAUUGUGGGAGGAUCGUUUUUGGCGAAAGAUCGAUUCGAUUCAUGGUGGUACUGCUGUUGUGGCAACGACGGCAAUCGAUUUGCCAGUAUUUGCUCGAGAAUCCGUCAUCCAUUGUUGGGGCAUGAUCUCAUAUGAGAUUGGUGAAACACGAUUCCAGAUGUCGGUUCCUAUCGUCCGACUCUCCGCCGCUGAAAUAAUCAAUUGUUCGUGGAUUAAAUUUCUGGACGAGAGUAAACACGUUGCGAUACUUGCUCUAAAGAGCACAUCUAGUACAGAAAAGAUCGUGAACAUUCAAUUAUGGAGUGAUCCAAUCAACAAUCGAGACGAACAUGAUACUGGGAAAAAACGAUUUUUUCGUUUCUUGGCCGAGAAGACCUUUGAGAAGAUCCACGACGAUAUUUUUUUAGUAAAGGUGCAUGGCUCUCUAACUCACUCUUUAAUCGAAGUAUCAUCGAUCGAUUUCGAUAAAGCGAGAUUAAAGAUUUUUGCCAGAUCCGUCAACCAGCUCUAUAUAAUAUUGCAUCUUUUACAAGACGAAUUUCCGAACAUGAUGGUCGUGGAGGAGAUUGAUAAUUGCAUCGAGGCUGCAAUGGCUCUAAUCCAUGAAUUAGAGUUAAUCCGCGACAAGAAAAAUACACUCGAAAUACAGGAAGCAAAACUAAUAACAGAUUUACUUAUUCCUUGAGCGCGCUAUUCUGUAGUAAAAAAUAAUGCAAGCUCUGUUAAUAUAUUAUUAAGAGUGUAAAUUAAUAUUUU